GCCUGUUCUGUUUGUUAUUUUGGCAUUAAUACAUGUGACUUGUCAGUUUGAAAACAAUGCUUUCUUGACUAAGGCAGCUCCAAAAUGGAGGUGGUUCAGCCUAGCUCAGUGCUUUCUGUGGAGGUGGUUCAGCCUAGCUCAGUUCUUUCUGUGGAGGUGGUUCAGCCUAGCUCAGUGCUUUCUGUGGAGGUGGUUCAGCCUAGCUCAGUGCUUUCUGUGGAGGUGGUUCAGCCUAGCUCAGUGCUUUCUGUGGAGGUGGUUCAGCCUAGCUCAGUGCUUUCUGUGGAGGUGGUUCAGCCUAGCUCAGUUCUUUCUGUGGUGGUGGUUCAGCCUAGCUCAGUGCUUUCUGUGGUGGUGGUUCAGCCUAGCUCAGUGCUUUCUGUGGUGGUGGUUCAGCCUAGCUCAGUGCUUUCUGUGGAGGUGGUUCAGCCUAGCUCAGUGCUUUCUGUGGAGGUGGUUCAGCCUAGCUCAGUGCUUUCUGUGGAGGUGGUUCAGCCUAGCUCAGUGCUUUCUGUGGUGGUGGUUCAGCCUAGCUCAGUGCUUUCUGUGGUGGUGGUUCAGCCUAGCUCAGUGCUUUCUGUGGUGGUGGUUCAGCCUAGCUCAGUGCUUUCUGUGGUGGUGGUUCAGCCUAGCUCAGUGCUUUCUGUGGAGGUGGUUCAGCCUAGCUCAGUGCUUUCUGUGGAGGUGGUUCAGCCUAGCUCAGUGCUUUCUGUGGAGGUGGUUCAGCCUAGCUCAGUUCUUUCUGUGGUGGUGGUUCAGCCUAGCUCAGUGCUUUCUGUGGUGGUGGUUCAGCCUAGCUCAGUGCUUUCUGUGGUGGUGGUUCAGCCUAGCUCAGUGCUUUCUGUGGUGGUGGUUCAGCCUAGCUCAGUGCUUUCUGUGGUGGUGGUUCAGCCUAGCUCAGUGCUUUCUGUGGAGGUGGUUCAGCCUAGCUCAGUGCUUUCUGUGGAGGUGGUUCAGCCUAGCUCAGUGCUUUCUGUGGAGGUGGUUCAGCCUAGCUCAGUGCUUUCUGCGGAGGUGGUUCAGCCUAGCUCAGUGCUUUCUGUGGAGGUGGUUCAGCCUAGCUCAGUGCUUUCUGUGGAGGUGGUUCAGCCUAGCUCAGUGCUUUCUGUGGAGGUGGUUCAGCCUAGCUCAGUGCUUUCUGUGGUGGUGGUGGGGCAGCCAGCGGGAAAUGUGGAGCGUAGGGUUUGGUAAUGUUCUCUAGUUGCGCCGUGAUUGGCUCAGUGUUCUAUCACUCAUUGGGACGCCACGUCACUGCCAAAUCUAAGGGUGAGCUCGAAAAUGCAAGCCCCUUGGGUGCUGCCAUAGAGUUACAUUAGAAGUGUCAUUCCAAGAAGUCUCAAGGUAAGCCACAGAUAAAAUGACGUCAAAUCUACAGUAGCUUUGAUUGGACUGAUCAUGUCAACAUCAUACUUUCAAAAUUUUAGCUAGCAGUCAUCAUCAUAAAUCAAAUCGACAAUCUACGAAGAGAAAUGACAGAUAAAACAUAUUGGUGCUCAUCGGCCAUUUCACAUAAACAUUACACAACAAGUUGGAAAUUGCAAAUUUAACAAUGAGUGGUUUGGAAGGAAUCAGUGGCUAACUGCAGGCUUUACAAGCAUUCAUUAGUUUGCUAUUCAGGGGAGAGGGUGUGUGGUCCCAAUUCUAGGUUUAAGGUUAUUUCUUCCAAGUUUAACAUUUAUAAACCUUCAACAUUGGCCAUGCUGUUAAUCCUGUGUGAUUUCUGCCGCGCUCAAAACAACAGUUAACUCAG